AUGGUCAUAGAGGACACUGGUAUCAUAUCUCAAGGAGAGGUUGAGUCAACAUUGCAAUCACACCAACAGCCCAAGAUCCAGACAUCUACAUCAAUAGGCCAACAGUCAUCCAUAUACUCGCUUACCCUUGAUGAGUUUCAACACAGUCUUAGUGAGAAGGGCAGAAACUUUGGAUCAAUGAACAUGGAUGAGUUUCUCAAUAGCAUAUGGACUGCUGAAGAAAAUCAAGCUACAAACACCCAAGCAACAAGUGCUACAACCAAUGGUAACAAUAUCAAUGGGAAACAGAAUCUCUUGCAAGAAAGUAAUGCUUCAAUGGCUAAGGGAAUACCCAAGCAGCCAAACUUGCCCAGACAAGGUUCUCUUGGUAUUCCCGAGCCUCUGUGUCAGAAAACAGUGGAUGAAGUGUGGUCUGAUAUUCACAAAGAUCAGCGCCAACAUAUUAAUGACACUCGUGUUCAGAAUCCUCGUGGUACUCAGAGACAACCAACAUUUGGGGAGAUGACACUGGAAGAUUUCUUGAUUAGAGCAGGGGUUGUGCGGGAACAGAAUCACCCCCAGUUGCAACCUCAACAGCAGCAAUAUGGAAUGUAUCCAAACAGAGAUUAUGCUGUGGAGUCUAAUUUUGUCGCCCCGCCCGUAAUGGGGAUGGGUGGUGACAAUAGUGGUGGUAAUGCCAAUGAUGCUAAUGUUGCAACAUAUCAAGCUCUUCCACACAGUGGCGUUGAAGAUCCACCAGAUUACCCUGGAGGAAUGAAAAGGGGUGUUAGGUAUGCACCCCAACCCCAACCAUUGACAGUCUAUGGUGGGAGAACAGGAAAUAGCAGUGCCGGAGGAUAUGUGCAAGUGCAGGGAUUGGGAAUGGGAUCCCCAGCAAGUCCAGUGUCCUCGGAUAGAUUGUGCACAAACCAGGUGGAGAACAGUAAUCAGCAUGGUUCGGAUAUGAGUGGGAUUAAAGGAGGGAGGAAGCGAAACAGAGAUGGUCAGGUUGAGAGGGUGGUGGAGAGGCGACAACGAAGGAUGAUCAAGAAUAGAGAGUCUGCUGCGCGAUCUAGAGCCAGGAAGCAGGCUUACACUGUUGAACUUGAAGCAGAACUAAAACAAUUAAAAGAAGAGAAUGCACACCUACAGCAGGCUCUGGCCAAACUAGAGAGGAAAAAAAAACAGCAGUACUUUGAGGAAGCAAGAAUGAAGGCCCAGGCACAGACCAAGGUUCAGAAAACAAACGAGAAACUGAGAGUGAUGAGACGAAGCAACUCAUAUUGA